AUGUCUCCCCAUUAUUUCGACACUUUCACCUCUGUCAUUCAGUUCAAGGGAAGAAAUCAGAAGUACCCUUCCGAACUCAAAAUGUCUGCCGCGAGUGGAUGGGGACGGGACCAUCUACUUGCCUGUCGUGUUAUAAUACGACCACAAAGGCCCAAUAUUCUUCCAAUUUUGUCCCAACACUUUAAAUAUUCCGAUACUACGUCUUCGGUGGAUAUCACGAAGUUCCUCGGAGGCCCUGAUAGCAAUACGCAUUUCCAGAAAAGCGAGCACAGUCUUGUGCGAGACUUUGGGUAUAGCAUUUCGCUCGCUCAAACGUGGUCAGCAUUGGGAGCAUUCAAGGGUGAUCGUGACGCUAAGAGGACAGGAUAUGCAAUUGCCCCCGGCAAUUCCGAACAUUCCGAUACCGAAUCUGAUGGCGCGGAUUCUGAUGUUCCAAUGGCUACUGAAUUCGACGGUGGCCGCAUCACUAGGGCUAAGGGGAGAGGGGCGCGUGAAGAAUCAUCUGAACCAACCGUCCCCUUCUGA